UUCGUGCGUUAACAGUAAACAUGAUGCUCUGUCGCCGCUUGGUGAGUCCGGCAGCCAUGCGCCGUAGCCUGGCUUCGUAUACUCCAUCGCAACGGAUCUUUAGCUCCGCCUCUCGGCCGAUCUUGUCUUCCUUCCAGCCACCUCCGUCCUCGUUCUCGCCGCAAGAAGACCACAAGCCCCCGUCGUUGCUCCAAGACGCUGUCGACCAUUUCAACGUUGCACUCAAGGACCACACGAUCCUCACGUUUGGCGUCAUGAUUGCGUCGGAGAUGACAUUCGUCUUUGGGACGUAUACGCUGCUUCAGCUCUCAGGGGUGGCGAUCUCGCCCGAGUUCGCCCUCGCAUACGCCGCCAGUCGUCCGUUUCGCCGGCUCCGCAUGCCGUUGGACCUUGCCGCUGCGGCGUUCCUCGCGAAGUACUUUCCCGAACUCACCAAAGUCAAAGUUUCGACACUCAUGCCGUCACUGCCCCCGUCGUCCGACCCUGCAUCAAGUGCAUCUCUCUUGCAGAGAGGUCUGUCGGAGAUGAACACUGUCAUGGACAAGUACGGCGCAUGUUACAUGAUCGGGUCUCGCCUCGUGGGGCUCACCGUCGUGUCGGCGCUGUACGCGGCGCUGCUCCAAGGCCUGGACAUCCUUCCGAUCCUGACUCGGUAUGGCAUGGGAGACAUCGGGUCGGCUGUCGGCACUUGGGCGGCGGCAGUGACGCUGUCGUCUGUGUUUUACCCCGUGACUCUGGGUAUGGUUGGGUAUGUCGUGCCUGUGGUGGCCAAGCUCACAACAACCAAGUCGACCCCUCCAAAUGAUACCAAAGUCUAAGGAAUCUCUCAAUCCUAGUACUGUAAUGUAGAUGGCACACCACGUCAAUUCAUACAGGCCUGUCCAACAAAGUUGUAUAUUUUGCCAGUCAUAUGCAGUAUAAUUUGCCCUACAACUAAUAUGACUCUUAACGGACGAAUAAUUAUU